AUGAGUGAGAAUCAGGACAAUGAAGAAUUAAAUUUUAAUGAACUUAUAGGAAAUCUUUUAACUUCCCAUAAUGAGGCACACGAACAACAUGACAUGGAUGCAGCUGCAGCCAUUGGUGAUUCGGACAAUAUGACAAAAGAGAGUGAGCAGAAUCCUAAUGAAUCAAAUAUGGAUAUUGACAUAAACCAUGAUGUUCAUGAUAUGGAUUUGCCCGAUAUAAUGGAUGAUGACAUAGAUGAAGGAGGUUUUGGACCAAAUGCAUCUGAUUUUACCUCUGUUGUAAAUAAUGCAAUAGAUCUUAUAAAACCAACUACCAAUUCCAAUACAAAUGAACAGGACCAUGAGACAGGAAAUGUCAUCACCGAGCCUCAUAUUGACGAAGAACAACAGAAUGAAUGGGCCCAUCUUCUGCAACGAGGUUUAUACGAAGAAGAACCAGGUCAAGAGCAGGGUGAUGCUCACGCUGAAAAUUAUAAUAAAAUUGAACAGAAUGUAGGAGAUACACAAUUUGAUGAUGAUGCAUUGGAUCAAGAUGAUGAAAAUUUAAGAAGGGCCAUCUUAGAAACACUUCAGGUAAUAAGCAAUAAUACAAUAGACGAGGAUGUACCUAAUAAUAAUAUAGAGAAUAAUAGAGACAAUAAUAAUACAUUUGAGGGUAUAAAACAAGUGGAAAUUCUGGAUAAACCAACUAAAAAAACCUCGAAAAAGAAAAAGAAAGAUAAGGAUAAACAAAAACAAACAUCUCACAAUAGUAGUAGUAGUAAAAAAACCGUUGCAGAAUCUAGUGAACAAGAAGAAAAGAAAAAACCAAAGAGUAAAAAGAAAAGUAAAGAAAAGGAGAAAUCAAGACUCACAAAGAAUGAAAGUAAGAAAAAUAUCCAGAAUAAUGAAGUUGUCAAUAAUGACCAUUUAAUACAGAUUGAUGAUGUUAUCAGAGGUAUUAUGGAAAGUGAUACUUUAUUAGAAAGUAAUAAUGACCUCAAUAUUCUUAAUAACACCACUAAUGAUUUUAAUGAAAUUAAUAAACAAGAGGUUAAUAAUGAUACCAAUGAUUUUGAAACACAAGCCUUAGUAGAAGCCACAUUAAAAGCUUUUGAGAAGGAGUUAAUGGCAUCCGAAACCAGUUCAGUGUCUACCACAAAGACUAAGAAAGCAUCUACCACGUCAAAAAAAACAUCAUCUAAGAGCAAAUCAAAAUCGACUACCAAAAAGCCUACCAAGUCUAAAGUUUCGACUACUUCAAAAACUGCUACUACUACAGAAACAAACAAAGAUUUAGAUUAUGAAAUACCCAUAUCGUCUUUUUACCCCCAACCAAAGAAGACCACCACUACUACGACAAAAAAGAAAAAGAAAAAGAAGACAGAUAAAUCUGUGACUGCAAGUAAAGAGCUUCAAAAUGUGCUAACAGAGAGUAGCGAUUUCCAAGAUGACGAAUUUUCAAAAGUCUUGGCUGAAAUUGUUAACCAAGUUGUUGAAACAUCUUUAGCAGAACCUAUUGAAGAAAAAGAAAAAGCAAAGACAAAAGCAAAAACAAAGAGAAAGGGAGAAGAACGAGAGAAAAAAUCAUCCAAACAUUCUGUAGAUUCUUCCUCUAAAUCUAUACGAAAGGAUACUUCGGAAAAUAGGACUUCAAAAGAUAAAAAAAAGAUAACUCAAACAAAAAUAGACCACCUAUCUCCUAUUACUAAGGCUAUACAACCUGUACAUGAUAAUAAAGAAGAAGAAAAAGAUAAUGAUGAUGACGAACCAUUUGAUUUGAAUCAAAUUAUGCAAAAUGCAAUGUCGCUUGCCUUUCAAACUAAACAUAGAGAAAGUGAGGAGAAGGAAGAAGAACCAAGGUUAGAGGAAAGAUUACAAGAGAUACAAAUAGAAUCUCCCAAGUCUAUAGAGUUACAAGAUUCAGAAAAACUAAUAGAAGUGAAAGAUAAAAAGGAACAUGAAACAUCCAAGAAAUCUGAGGAAGAGGAACCAAGCUCGAAUAAUGAACUAAGCAUUAGUGAAAGAAAGCAAAAAAAGACAAAACCAAAAAAAAUAGCUAAGACAAAGAAAUCUGAAAAGGCGACUAAGUUAGAAACAAUUAAAGUAAAAAAACCAAAAGAGCCUAAGGGAAAACCUAAAAGUUCAAAAAAGAAAACCUCUGAACCAACAGAACGUAAAAAAUUUGAAACGAUUAUAAUUGAUAAUUUCCAAAAGAAACUUGCUAAUAAUUCUAUGAGUGAUAUAACCAAUUCUAUGAGAAAAUUAAAUGCACAGGCCAAAGGAAGGGUUGACAAUAAAAACAGAGAAAUUAUCAUACGUAAUGUCGAGAUUGAAAAAAGAUUUGCUAAAUUGAAAAAUGGUUUGGUAAUGAAGUCACAAUCACCCGAAGAAGUAUUUAGGAAGAAAUUUAGUCUUAUUGCAGCCGCAGCUGCAAAUGAAGCUAGAAAACGUCGUCGACAGAAGAAUAAAGAACUUCGCUUAAAAUUGAAGGAAGAAAAAGAAAAAAUAAGGAUUGCAAAGAAAGCCCAAAAGGAACUAGAUCAAGCAAAAUUCGAUGCAGAACAAAAAGAGUUAGCAGAAAUAGUAGCUAGGGGACCUCCAUAUCCACCUGAUUUAAGGUUAACAAAGAAGGGUGUUCCAAAGAAGCCAUAUAGAAGAUGGACUCCAGAAGAAAUGAAACUAAGAGCUCAAUUAGAUAAUGAAUCUCUUGAUGAAGUUGAGCCUAAAAUAAAGGUUCUUAAAUCUAGUAAGAAUGGUGUUGCAGCAAUAACCAAGGCACCAUUGUUCAAUUUUAUUAGACUGAAUGUUGUUUUGGAUAAAAAAAAUUUACAAGAUAUUAAGGAAACUUUAUUAAAAAUCCAUCUUCCAGAGUCUUAUCUUGACUACUUGUUUUCGGAUAGUGGUACUCUUGGUUAUCCCAUUAAUGAAAUUGUCAUGGCAUUAGAGAAUAGAAUAAUAUAUAAAUUUGACUCAUCAGCUAAAACUAUUGUACAUAAGGAACGGUUUUUGUUUCAUCCACCGUGGAUGUUACCACUGUGUCCACCAAUUGCAUUACCUGUAGCAAGAAGAAGCAUCGCCAGUAAAAAGCAUAACAAGAAAAAGACAUCUGGCAUACAAGAUACUUCUGCAUUUAUUGCUGUUACUAAAAAAUUGAUUCCAACUAUUUUAAAUCCGAUUAUAAACACUUUGAAAACUGCUGCUAAAAAAAGAAUAGCCAAUGGUGCAUCACCAGAAGAAGCUACCAGACAUCUUUUAACUAUUAUUAAUCAUACCAAAAAAUCUAUUGCUCAAGUAAUAACAAAUGCUAGAAACCGUCAAUUACGACAAUCAUUGACAAAAGUAAAGCUCGAAGAUGCUGUUAAUAAAACUGCACUUUCUACCAUAAAAUCAAACAAUCUUAAUAUGAUACCAUUACUAAAUACGGUUAAUCGUAACAAAAGACCUUUAGAUUCUACAGAUGUACAAAAUCCAGAUACAAACAAGAAGAAUGUAUUGAAUGUAAUACCAUUAGUUCCUUUGACAAAAAAAAUUAAAAGAGAUGAAAAGUCGACCCCUGAAGUUAUAGUAAUACCCGAUCAUAAAAGUAAUACAGAUAAUAAUAAUUUUAGCGAGGCAACUAUUUUUGCUAAACCUAUAAAAAAUAUUAAGACAAUAGGAGAGACUACUAGUGAUUUAAAUAAGGUAGAUGAUAUGGUAGAGAAGAAUACAAUAAUAGAUUUGAAUGUCACUAAACCAAUCCAAACAAAUAUCGAUAAAAUUUCUUUAGAAUCUUCUGUCACUGAUCUUGGAACAGUAACUACUUUGGAUAAAGUAUCUAAUGAAAUUACUAAGAAUAUCAAUGAUUGUAAAACUCCACUACUUCCUAAAUCAUCUAUUUUGGAGAAUUCAGACAGCAGUUAUAAUACAACAGAUGCAGAAACUAAUACUGAUGAAAAAAUAUCUGAUAAAAAUGACAAUAAACAUAAUGGAUCAAUUAUUAGCAAGAAGGUGGACAACAACACUCUAAAAGAACGAUCAAUGCAAUCUAUUACUUUAGAUAAAAUUAAUGAUUUAACAGCUGAACAGCAUUGUAGUGCAGAAGUGUUACCAAAUGAUAAGAAUAAUUCUUUGCUUGUUAAAAAAGAAACUAAAAAUGGGGAACUUAAUGUGAUAAUGGACAAAAAUUCUUUAUUGGACACAAACGAUCUGAAUGAUAAAAAGUCAACUGCUAAUAAUAUAGAUAAGUCAGAUACAAAUAACGUUAAUACAACCUUAAUAAACUAUAGCUCUGAAACUUCAGUUCAUCCUAUUACAAAAAAUGUUAACUCUGAGACUAAUGAGGAUACCAUUGAAAAGUCUACUAUUAAGAAGGAUUCAAAAUAUAAUGAUGAAACUUCUGAUAAUAUACAUAUUGAAACUGAAAAAGAUACAGGAUCUCAACAAGAAAUGACAAAAUUAAUUUCAUCACAAGAUAAUGACGAGAAAGAAGGAAUAGAACAUAUUGAAAAAAUUGUUCCAAAAAAGGUUUUUGAUAUAGAAACAAAUGGAAUAGAUGAAAUUCAUAAAAAUAAAGAAGAAGAAAAGGAUAUUAUUAAAAUCAAACAAGAAAACGAAUCAGGUUUGAAAAAAAUCCCAAUUGAUAUUCCUAGCACAUCGAAUGAAACUAUCGCACCAAAUGCACCAAUUAAAGUUGAAUCCAUGGUUCAGUCAUUGGUUGUUCAACAGCUUCAGAACUCUAAUGAAGAGGAUGGAGAGGCAUUACCUAUUGGUAUUACAAGUAUUAUAACCUCCACUUUGACCGAUUUGCUUCCUAAAAUCCAACAAGAUUUCAUAACAGAAGAAAAGAGACAACGAAGAACAGGUCCAAACAGUGUUUUAAACCUUGACGGAUUGGUACCACCAUCUCAAGUAAAAAUGUCACCUGCUGAAAGGUUACUAAAGAAUCCAAUUGAUAGGAAAAUAAAACCACCUAAAGUCAAAGAAAGAAAAGAUACAUUCCAGGUGAAAUAUAACUUUAACAUACCUGAUUUUUCCAACAUAUCUGGGAAAAAGAAUAUUUUACAAAAAAAAUUGAAAGAAUUUUUAUCUAAUGAAGAAUUUGAGCUUUUAAGGAAGGAUAUAAGUAAAGAGAGAAAGAGAAGAUGGAGAGACGCCAAUGGCAUUCAAAACAAGAUAAACGAUUUACGUGCAAGGUUAAGGAAACGUGCCACAAAGGCAUUUGGUAUUGAAAAUACUAAGGAGAAAUUAGAAUGGGUUGAUUCAACAUUCAAGAAGAAAUGUGAAGAAGCAGGUUUUACCGAAUUUUUGGCUCAGAAACCAAAUUAUUCUGAAAAAAGGGAUAAGGCUACAAUAACAGAUAAUGAUAUAUUGAAUAUGCUUGCUAUCAAUUUGAAUAGAUUAGAUUUGGCUCAUAAAAUUGAAGCUUCAUUAAUUGAAGAAGCUAAAGUCGAGGUUGAACCUAAACGGAAAAAAAGAAAGAUUGAAAAAAUUACCCAAGAGAUAAAGGGAUCUGAUGAUUCUAGUAUUAUAACUGAGUCUAGUGAAUCUGUUUCAAAUAAUGUUAAAUUAAGUAAGGAUACUGUAAUAAGUGAUAAUAGUAAAGAUUCGUCAGUUGGGAAUAACAAAAAUCCAGAAAAUAUUAAUGAUGAUUUAAAAGAGAGUAGUAACAACAACCCUAUCCCUGAUACAAAUAUUGAUACUCGUUUGAUUGCCAUUUAA